CCUUAAAUGCCAAACCACAAACACCAAAACAUAUAUCAAAGUGAUAAGUGACAUUUUGAUGACUAAUCCAUCCUAAAGUAGUAAUUUGAGGAAUAAAUUCCUUUCUAUAUAGUUUUGAAUUUUACCACAGCUAAAUAAGUAAAUAAUUGUAAUUUCGUUUUUUGAAGCAGAAAAUGUAUAUAAACACUAAAUUACAAUUAUUAUGUGUCCAGGAAUCAAUUUUUAGACCAAAAGAUGAGGCAAUUGCUACCAAGCCCCUAAAUGUGAAAGGCAAAAUCUCUUAUGGGCUCUGUCAAUCGCUUAUGCCCCUCUAGAGUUAAUGAAGAGUGAAAAGACAAAAAUGCCCUUCGUGGGCGAAAUAAAAAAAAAAAAUUGGAAAAUCGAAAUUGGUUUAUUUGUUUGGGGUGGGUUUGGUUUGAAACUCGGGUUUGGUCGGAUAGCUCUCGGUUUCGGUAUGGAAAUCGAAUUGCAAUUGCCUCAAUUGAUUGGAUUGAAAUAAAUAAUAAAUUAUAUGAAAAAAAAAAACCUCGAAAUAAAUCGAGCCUCUCCUCUCCCCCAGCUCAGCUCAGCUGCUGCUCGACCCUCACGUCCCCGCCUCAUUGGAAUCAAAGCUCUUCCCGAACCUCGCCGACGCAGCCGGACGAAAACAUUUCCACCGGCAAGGCUUCCUUCCGACUAGAGUAGUAGGCCAGAAUGCAGGAUGCUAUGUCCAAACACAUGUGCUUACAUUUCAAAUUCAGAGAUCGCAUCUCUUGUAUAACCAUGAAGACAACAGUGGAGGCUAUAACUUUGGCAAUGAUAGAAGAAAGGUUGUAUAAAAAGCUGAGUUUGGAUGAAAGGAAUGUAAAACUGGCGUUAAGGUACAAGCCGAUGGUGUUUGGAUGUGAAGUAUCAGAAGAGUGCAGAAUUUGUGAUGAUGAUGAGUUGUUCGGUUACCUUCUUUCCAUUGAUAAAGACAACCGUAGAAGUCUUUUGUUAGUGGAGGAGACGAGUAACUCGGAUCACCACUUAGAUAAGCUGUCCAGAGUGGGCGGAAGUUCGUUUGGUAUGAAUCACGAAGUGUUGCAGGGAAAUGAUGAUGAAGAAGUCGGACCAAACGCCAUAACUCUGUACGUUGAAAAGGGGCAAGAAAAUCUACAGGCAGAGAAUGGUGAUGAUACAACACAUGAUGAUUUUAUGGAUACAGACGACACUGCAGCUGAGACGGAGACUGCAGCUGAGACGGAGACUGCAGCUGAGACGGAUAGCAGUGGUAAUAUAGAAACCGUUAUGAGAGUUACGUAUAUUGAGCAGCCACCUUUACUGAAAUGUAGUCAAGUUAUAGAGGAAUGGGGAGACGGUUUGGGUCUGUUCAAGCUGCAGGAAUUUCCAAACAAGAGAUCACUUCAAGAGGUGGUGGAUAGAGCUGCAUUUGGUGAAAGCUUUCGUUAUGUUAUCAAAAAAUCUGAUCGUAAACGGUUGGUGUUAAAAUGUUGUUAUGAAAGCUGUAAAUGAGGAUUGCGAGCUGCGAGGAUUGGAGUUACAGAUAUUUUUUCUGUUAGGAGGUACGUGGGUGUGCAUACAUGCUCUCGGACUAGUCAAAGUAAUAGCUGCAACAUCAAGAGGAAAGGCUCUGCAGAAUUAGUUGCAACUUUUUUGAAUGAGGAAUAUCCUGGAAAACUGAGGACUCCUCUCCCGAGAGAUAUCAUGGAUUUAAUCAAGUUAAAACUGGGUGUAUCAGUAUCUUACUCUACAGCCUUGAGAGGGAAAAAUCUAGCUAUGCGUGAGUUGCGUGGUAAUUCAGAAGACAGCUACAAGAUGUUGUAUAGCUACUUGCACAUGCUAGAGCAGGUUAAUUCCGGAACAACAACAAAGGUGGAGUUGGAUGAGGCAGGAAAGUUCAAGUACCUUUUCAUAGCUUUAGGAGCUUGCAUUGAAGGGUUUAAGGUCAUGAGGAAAGUGAUUCUUGUGGAUGCAACGUUUUUGAAGAACGGAUAUGGUGGUGUACUAGUAUUUGCUAAAGCUCAAGAUCCUAAUCGUCACCAUUAUCCCCUCGCGUUUGGGGUACUCGACGGUGAGAAUAAUGCUAGUUGGACUUGGUUUUUUGAGAUGCUGAAAACUGUUAUACCAGACUCGUCUGAAAUAGUAUUUAUGAGUGAUAGGAAUCAGAGCCUCAUCACCGCUGUAGCAAAUGUGUAUCCACAAUCUCACCAUGGCCAUUGUAUAUGGCAUCUAGCUCAGAAUGUGAGAAAUCAUGCUUGUAACACCAUCAAAGCCGUAGUGGCAUGGAGAUUUAUGGAGUUGGCUAGGUAUUACACAUUGCAUGAGUUCGAGUCUGCUUAUGCAUCUUUUAAGGUGAGAUAUCCUUCAGCCUUCAAGUAUUUGGAGGAGAACACUAAGAGAGAAACAUGGGCUAGGGUGUAUUUUCCAGGUUGUAGAUACAACUUGGACACUAGCAACAGUGUGGAGUCGAUGAAUAGCGCGUUUAGGGAUGCAAGGAGGUAUGCCUUGAUACCACUGUUGGAUACAAUAAUCAAAAAGAUUUCUGACUGGUUUAAUGAACAUCGGAAGGACGCCGUGUCUGGAUCGAUUGAUACCAAACUGGUUCCUCUGGUUGAGAUCCAUUUGCACAACUUAUGGGGCAAAGCUGAGAAAACGCCAGUGCGUGAGCUGAAUAGUUAUGAUCUUGAGUACGAGGUAACCGACACUGACGAUGGGAAGGUUUAUUUGGUGAACUUGAUAGCGAAGACAUGUAGCUGUAAGGUAUAUGAUUAUGAAAAGUAUCCUUGUCUUCAUGGACUUGCUGCUUACUUAUAUUUCCUUGAGGUUCCUGCUGUUCAUGGUCGUCGACGUGAGGUCAACAUAGAGUAUCAUCAGUUGAGCUCACAGUAUUACUGGACAGAACUUUGGGCAAUGGCUUAUUACAGGACCAUUUAUUCUGUGCCGGAUAAGUCUGAAUGGAAUGUACCAGAUCACAUCAAACUGCUCCAGAUCAUACCUCCAAAAAAGCUAACGAGGAAGGGAAGGAAAAAGGUUAAUAGGAAUCCAUCAGUUGGAGAACGGCGUAAAAGGACACAAAAUGUAAGGCGACCGAGGACAAAUUUCGGGUUUAGUUGGCUGUUGUUUGGAAUGCGUACUAAUAAUCCAAGUGAACCAAACAAUCCAAGUGAACCGAACUAGAAUUUUUGGUAUGUUGCCUUUGAUAUGUUGUUGCUUUUGGUAUGUUGAACUUGAUAUGUUGCUUUUUGUAUUUUGAACUUGGUAUGUUGCUUUUUUGUAUUUUGAACUUGGUAUGUUGCUUUUUGUAUUUUGAACUUGGUAUGUUGACCUUGAUAUGUUGCUUUUUGUAUUUUGAACUUGGUAUGUUGCUUUUUGUAUUUUGAACUUGGUAUGUUGCUUUUACUUUAUGUUUCUCUGUUUUGAAACUUUCAGCUAUUUAUUGGAAAACCACGGAAAACUAGUAAAACUAGGUGUUACUAAGUUAGUAGAUAACUGAUAUUAACUUGACAUAAUCCCCUCUAAUCCAACACACGUAAUUGUUAAUGAACAAGCACGAUCACUUGACUAAUUCAUCAACAUCACAUUCAUCGACAAGACUGGUGCAAAAUAACAAAUAUUAACUAGCAUGAUUCAUCGACAUCACAUUUUCUCUUAUGCAUUAUAUAGUCUUUCCAAGAUCACUUUCUUAAUAAAGAGGACCUUAUAAAGUAGUAAUCUAUAAUUCUGGUCAUUUUAACAAUAUUAUUGCACUUAUCAGUUAUGGUUACAUGGUAAUGAGUAAAAAUGACAAGUAAAACUUUAUUCACAAAUUUAAAUUAUACGUAAAACUUACAAAUGUAUAAAUCACGAAAAAUAGAACUAUGAAGACAUUUGGUAACACUUGAAACUUCAGUAAAACUAUGAGCAAAUAUGUUUGGGGGGAAAAUAUUUUUUUUACUCGCGCCAAAACGAAAAUUUCAAUUAUUUCGGUCAAAGAUAGAUUCCCUCUGCUAUUUUCCUUCCUUUUCCUUUCUCGUGACUCUCUCUCUUGUCUCGUCAACUGUGCUCUGUCUACUUUUCCCAACCACUCUCUCUCUCUACUCUCUCCUCUCACCUCUCCAAAAUCCAUUAUCUUUCCUCUCAUCUCUCCAAAAUCCAUUAUCUUUCCUCUCAUCUCUCCAAAAUCCAUUAUCUUUCUCUCUCACGAUUUGACAAUGACUCAUCCUUACGAAGAGGCGAAGGAGAUGAAGAAGCUGAAGAAACACUACGACAUGUUAGGCUACAUUUGCGAUGCCCAAUAUGGAAUUCCUACCCGUUGCCCAUGUGGUGGUGAAAUCAAGACAGAUGUGUCUCCAAAUCCGAAGUAUCGCCACGAUUUCGAUACCUUGCCUGGAAGUAGGUACUUCACCUGCAAGAAUUAUGAGGAUGAUGGGAUGCACUUUCGUCAGCCAUGGACUUUUGGUCUUGAGGAUGAAGUGAGGCAACUAAGGAUGGAGGUCAAUAAUAUGGCUGAAGAGAUUGCUAAGCUUAAGAGGCUUAUUACCUCCACCUCCCCUCCAUGAGACGAUGCUCUCAACUCUAAGUACUCAGUUAAUGGAUUUGCUAAAAAACUUUGUAUUUCCCUAUCUAUUUCCAAUAAUUUCGGUUAAUACAAGUCUUUGUUUGUUAAGACUUGUAUAAGUGUCUCUGUCAAAACUUAUGUUAUAUUCGAAGCUAGUCUUGAAUCUUAUCUAAUGUUAGAACCCUUA